UCCCAUCAAUGAAAGAAAUAAAGAUAUUUAGUUUACAAAUUCCCAGAGUAAUUAUUUGCCCAUAGAAUAUUAAAGUAAUACCAUCUUGAACAAAGGAGAAUGUGACAGAUGUACUAUCACCAUUGUUGAUGCCACGUCAGUACUUUGUUUUCAGUUACAACAGUCCUUUGGAUAAGCAUGUCAGCUGCAAGUCUUCUAUAUUAUGUACCUAGAAUGUGCUUUCCUGGGAUAUUUAUGGUUCUUGAAAAAAAAAUUGGAUUGGGAUUCUUGAAAAGUUUUUAGCUUUUACUUUGUCCAAACAUGUUGGCUGUGUUUGAGCAAUCCAUUGGUAAGCCACCUCCAGAGUUGAGUCUUCCUCAAGCAAGUAGGCAGAAAAAGGAGGCUAAAACAAGGGAAGAGAUUGCAGAAAGUUUCAAAACAUGGAAGCCAGACUCAACUUUUUACCACCUUUUCAAUGGGAAUUUCAUGGCUUUUUCUCAUGGAAAUGAAAACCCUCUACAGCCAAGGUCUAUUGUUGUGAUGGAUGAUGUCUUCUGCAUCUUCUCUGGGGCUUUAGAUAACACUUUUGAUUUGAGAAAACAUUAUGGUCUUUCAAGACAAGCUACUGAGGCUAUGAUAAUGGUUGAAGCUUACAAAGUUUUAAGGGAUCGGGCACCAUAUCCUCCUGAUCAAGUCAUCAAAGAACUAGAAGGCAAAUUUGCUUUCAUUCUGUUUGAUUCAAAAGCUUCUACUCUUUUUCUUGCCAGGGAUCGUGAUGGAUGUGUGCCGUUACACUGGGGAACCGCUGCAGAUGGGUCAUUAGUAUGUUCGGAUGAUUCAGAGUUCAUUCAAGCUUCUUGUGGGAAAUUCUAUACCCCAUUUCCUCCAGGAUGUAUCUUCAUAAGUGACACUGGGCUAAUAAGCUUUGAUCAUCCAUUGCACAAAGUAAAAGCAAUUGCACGCGAAGAUGAUGAAGGAAACAUCAAUGCUGUGAUUUUCCAGGUGGAUUUGUACACCAAACUCCACAGCAUUCCACGCCGAGGAAGUGCUGCCAAUUGGGCAGGUGCCACUGCAGUUGAAGGAGACUGAAGGCUUAAAACUUUGUUUUGGGGUAAAUUGACAAUCUUCCCGAGUUGAGUGUAAUAAUGUUAAAUCACAAAUGAUAUGCUACUUUAUGGCCAUCUUAUUGAAAUAAUCUAAAAUCAUAUGUUGCUGCAACCAAAUUAAUCCAAUCAUCUUAUCAAUAUCUUUCA